UCGAUCCUGCACAACUCUGAAGGAACGGCAACAAGGUUUCGCUGACUGCCUUGCUAAACUUUGCGCAUCUCUCGCUGCACCCUUAUCCCUGAAAUAUCCAUUGCUUAAACAACCGACAUCCAGCUGACUUUGAACCGCCAUCAUGGCACCGCUCUGGGGCUCAUCGUGGUCUUCCAAAUGGGGUUCGGCAUCGGCCGCCGAUGCGAACGCUUCCGGUAGCAACGAUCUCAAGCCCAGCCUUGCCCAGAUUCUAACGUCGAAGCGUAUCCGCUACACCGCGUCCGCCCUCGCCACCGUUGGCUUCUUUUUCCUCCUUUUCCACAACUACGAUCGGCUUCCAACCUUGGCCACGAUGCGAGGUGGCUAUUCAGCUGCCGCACCAUCCAACGCCGACUGUCUGCCCGCCGUUGUGCCCGUGUUCGAUGAUGCUUCCGUCGACUGGUCACAAUACGCCUAUACACAAUAUGUUACCAAUAAAGAAUAUCUCUGCAAUUCGGUCAUGAUCUUUGAGAGCCUGCACCGUUUGAAAGCGAAGGCCGACCGUGUUAUGAUGUACCCAGAGAAUAUGAUGGAUCCAGCCGAGACAAACCCACAAUCGCACGAAGCCAAAUUACUCGUGAAGGCACGAGACCAAUACGGAGUGAAACUGGUGCCUGUGUCGGUGCAGCGGCGGUCUGGCGGAGACGCUACGUGGGCGGAAUCCUUCACAAAACUCUUAGCCUUCAAUCAAACCCAGUAUCGGCGUGUCCUGAAUGUCGAUUCUGAUGCCACAAUACUCCAGCCGAUGGACGAACUUUUCAUCAUGCCGCCCUGUCCUGUGGCUAUGCCUCGUGCGUACUGGCUCUUCCCGAAAGACAAGAUUCUAUCGUCCCAGUUGAUGCUGGUCCAGCCCAGUGAGGUUGAAUUUGAUCGUAUCAUGAAACAAAUGGAAUCAUCUGGCCGUAACGACUAUGACAUGGAAAUUGUAAACCAACUCUAUGCAGACAGCGCCAUGAUUCUUCCACAUCGGCCUUACGAUUUGUUGACAGGCGAAUUUCGUGGUGAUAACCACCAAAACUAUCUGGGCACUGACCGUGAGGAAUUCGACCCGGUCGCGAUCUUCAACGAGGCCAAGUAUCUCCAUUUUUCAGACUGGCCAGUGCCGAAGCCAUGGAUAACGAUGUCGGAAGGCAUGCGCAAGGAUAAGCAACCGAAAUGCGAGAAUAAAAAUGGCCAGGAAGAUUGCACAGCCAGAGAGCUUUGGAAUGGGUUUUACACCGACUUUACCCAACGCCGCACGAAAGUUUGUGAUACGGCAGCGAGAACCAGGAGAUGAACAACAGCAACACAUUUACACCUGGCAUUGAAAAAAUAGCCGCCUAGUGCAUCUUUGGACGCAAGCGUCUUUUUGCUCAACCCAGUUUACGGAUAAUGACACGAUAUAUUAUACAGUAAUGGAUACCACGACUCGCUGUUUCACGAUUUAGAACAUGUAGACGAUCUACCUAUUCAUCGGGUGUGAAGGAUGGGGUAGAGAACUUUUUGGAAGGCAACACGAUGUUUGCGACGACAACAUUGUAUGAAUUCGCCUCA